GGAGGAGAACUCUGGGAAGCCAGGGGAGUCUGGGAACGCAGAGAGAGGGCUGCAGACCUAGAGGGAAGCAGGACAAGACGCCAGAAGGAGGAGAGGGAAGGGGGCACACAGGCACAGAGGAAGAGAAAGGGAAGAAGAAGUUAACGGGUGGGAGGGAGAGACUCGGAGAGAGAGAAGGAGCAAGACAGAGAUGAAGUUACAGGGCUGCCUGGCCUGCCUUUUGCUGGCCCUGUGCCUGGGCAGUGGAGAAGCCAUCCCACUGCUGCACGGAGAGGGGAAUGCUGCCGCAAGUGCGGGGGAGGCCAUUGGGCGUGGGGUGGGGGAAGUCGUUGGAAAGGGGGUAAGGGAUGCCAUUAGUCAAGGAGCUGGAGAGUUAGCGGACCAAGGGGCUGAAGAGGCAGCCAGCUCUGGGACGAGGGAAGCCAUGGGCACUCUCCUGGGGGAGGCUGCCCACCUUGGGGUUGAAGAGGCUUUCCACAAAGGGAUGGAGGGAGCAGUCCAUGCUCUUGGAAAUGUUGGGGGUGAGGCUGGCAGAGAGGCUGAGAAUCUCAUUCAACACGGAGCAGACGUUUCCCACGGCUCCUGGCAGGGGAUGCCGGGUACCAACGGUGCUUGGGGAACCCAUGGCCAACCUCCAUCUGGAGGCCCCAGAGGCUACAGCCAGGGCAAUCCAGGAGGCCCAGGGACUCCCUGGGGCCCUGGACCCUCUGGAGGCUCGGACAGCAGAUUUGGAACCCCCUCUCAGGGAAGCUCCGGGGGCCACAGAGGCAAUGGAGGGCCAGCCAACUUGGGGACUGACGCUCAGAAAGCUGUGGCCCGCCGUGGCCAAGGGUCAACAAGAAGCAGCAGCAGCCUGAACACGGAGUGUAUCAACUCCCCACCCGCUGGCUCAGAUGGAAGUUCUGGCAGCUCUGGGGAAAGCGGCGGCCGUGCUGGAAGCAGUGGUAGCAGCUCUGAGGCCGGCUGGGACCAGCCCCAAAAUUCUGGGAAUUUUGAUCAAAGCAGCUAUGCAGAGCCCCAGGGAUACAAUUCCGGCUACUCCUCAGAAAGCGGCCGCAGCCGUGGGGGAAAUAAACCUGGGUGUGACAACACAGGGAAUGAAGUCCGCGUGUCUGGAGGAUCUGGGGGUCAGCAGCAGUGGUCCGGUGAAGCAGAGGAAGCUCUCCGUGGAAUCACCACCGUGAACACUCAGAUGGCUCCUGGACUCUUCAACUUUGACAGUUUCUGGAAGAAUUUUAAAUCCAAGCUGAGUUUCAUUAACUGGGAGGCCAUAAACAAGGGCCAAGUCUCACCCCCCAGCACUCGAGCCCUCCUCUACUUCAGCCGACUCUGGGAGGAUUUCAAACACAACACUCCCUUCUUUAACUGGAAAGUAAUUACUGAGGGUGCCAAUGUGCCAUCACUCCAGAAGAGGGCAGGUGGCGCUGGUCAGGGGGAAGCCACGGUUUCUUCCUAGGCUUCUCAGGCCUGCUGCAGUGGGUGAAGUUUUGGUAGAAAAUUACUUCUGAUCAUGACUUGAGGCCCUGGAAAAUGUCAGUCAUCAAGGGGCUGGACCACUUUCCUCGCCCAGCUCUCCCCCUGUGCUGGACCUGGUGUGGGGACUAGCACCUGCUUUUUCUAGGUUGGGGACCUGGGCUGUCUGUCCCUUGUUUCUUCCCACCCCACUGUGGUGUUUUCUUGACCAUCAGCCUGACGGAUAAACCAGCCAAGUUCUUCACCUAGACCAUCUUGUCACCUGAAGUCACAGACAAUUCUUCAGGAGGAAUUACUACUCUGUGGAAAUAAAACAUAAAUCUUGUUGCCCUAAGA